AUGUCUGAACUCUCCGAGAUGACGUGGAAAUGGAUGGAGUUGCACGAUUCGAUCUCCUACCCCGACAAGAACAGCAAGACCGUGGACAUGAACCCACUUCAGCAGGGAACGUGCGACCCUCUAAGUGCCUCCGUGGGACCCACCUCCGAAAACGGAAUACAGCCAUCGCCAGUUGCAAGCCAGGGAAGAGGGUUGAAUGGAGUUCAAAGCCAAUUGCCGUCAAAAACAUUGAAGCCUCUUGUUUGGAAUGAAAACUGCGGGAGUGAGUCUGGCUGGACGCCACUGCAACACGCAGCGUUCUGUGGCAAUAUCCCUCUGAUCAAACACCUCCUCCACAGACGGGCAGCCAUCAACCAGCGCAGCGAGUUCCAUUACACGCCCGUACACAGGGCUGCUCUGAACGGCCACGCCGAGGCCGUGGACUAUCUUCUGCAUCGUGGAGCUCUCCUCGAGGCCAGGACCCGGUGUGGAGCCAGCCCGCUGCACUGUGCUACGGCCCACGGUCACGUCGACACCGCCCGGCGGCUCCUGAAAUACGGGGCGUCGGCGGGCAUCAAGGACAACAACAAGUGGACCCCUUUACACUGGGCCGCCGUCAACGGACACAGGGAAAUGGCCGAGCUGCUGCUGCUCACGGAAGGGAGUGCGCUGGACGAAAGGACGGAUGACGGCGUGACACCGUUGCAACUGGCGGUGCAGGCCAGGCACACCGAGGUUACCGAAUAUCUACUGAAGGAGGGAGCUGACGUUAAUGCCAAGGAUGAAAUUAACGAAACUGCUCUCCACAAAGCUGCUGCAUGUGGAAGAAUAGAGAUCCUGCAGCUGCUGCUUCGACAGAAAGCCGCGGUGGAUGCAUUGAAUGUAAACCAGCACUCGCCCCUCCACAGGGCUGUGGGCAGCGGGGUUGCUGCUGUGGACCUCUUGUUGCAGUUCGGCGCUGCCAUCGAGAGCAAGGACGCGCUCCAGAUGACCCCACUGCACUGUGCGGCUAGUCAAGGUGACGAGGCGGUGGCGAAACUCCUCGUUCAGCGUGGGGCAGACAUAGACGCCCGAAACUGGAUGAAGAAGACUCCCUUGCACCUGGCUGCAGAGAUGGGGCAUUGUAAUGUUGUACGAUUACUCAUUAGCAGUGGGGCUGAAUUACAAGCCAAAACUACGUGGAAUGAUACGGCAGCUGAUCUUGCUGAACAACAGCAACGGGAAGAGCUUCUCCACAUACUGAUGGGCCACAAGUGCAGUUAG